GACGACGCGACUAGAACGCGCCGUGCGCUUUCUUUCUGAACAUUGUGACACUCUGGACUACUUUAUCUUGAACCGACCGUACAGUGCAUGCCUUCUCAGACAUGAUAGACUACGUCUCUCUCAUACCCAACGACGUUGAUCUGUCUCGAUCUCAUCCCUAUCUGCGUUUACCACAUCCGAGAACGGGAAGUCCCCAGCUAUACCUCCCAUAUGUAUCACCCGAAGGCAAAGAGACAGUGUUGGAGGCAGUCAAGCUCAAUGGCUCGAAACGACGGACGUGGUUCAUCGGUGACUCGCAGAUUGACGCGGGGACCGUAUUGAUGCAUGUCCCUGUGGACCCUCUAUUUCUUGUCAUACCGCUCGUGUUCUCCCUCAUUCCCACUCAGACCCCUUCAAAUCGCCCAUUCCAACCUUUAUCAGACCUCAUUUCCACGGUGUCCUCGUCCCCGAUGUUCGCCCUCACUCCACCAUUCACAUCCAGCUCUUCCGCCGUUCGUGGAGGCUGGAACGAAGAUGUUGAAAAGCUUUUGAACCUGAAGAGUGUCCGAAGGGCUUUCAAGCUCUGCUGCGAGAAGAAAGUGGCGCCUAUUGGACCCCCAUCACCGAAUUCCACAGGUGAAUCAUCUUCUAAGCCUGCCAGCAUAGCCUAUUAUCGACCAUCGAUGGACGCUAUCGUUCAUCUCUUGCGUAUCAAGGUCGAUCACUUCGCUGCGCCACCUCAGUGGGGCAGCUUUGAUCAUUUGGUCCGAAGCCUCGCCAGGGACGGGCUGGCGGAUGAAUCCCAUUCAGAACUUGCAAAGGAGGCACGACUCAAAUCUUCAAUCGAGCACAUCGCCCAGUAUCUUCCGGCAGGCGUUCUUUCUGCUCUCCAAUCUUCCUUCAACUUUUCUGCCCUGCAAGAGUACCUUGCCAAUCGGACAGCGGCUACACUGGCUGCUCAGAUGCCUCCUAGCAAGUCAAACAAGGAGAAAGCGGCAGCGGGCGUGAAGCGUAAAGGGUCUGCGACAAGUCGUGGAGUGGAAACCCUCAAAAAGGUCAAUACGAGCUCCAUGGCCAAGUUGACAAGCUUCUUCAAGCCCAAGAAUUAGAGUGAAUGAAGACAUUGAAAUGUUUAGAUCACCUUGUUGUAUGCCCAUGAGCAGUGCAUAAUCUA